GAGUGCAUACAGACGACCCGGUGUGACGUUGACCUGCAGCUGGUUACUCGGAGAUAUCCCAGCAGUUACAGAAAAGCUGUGUGCUGCCUUGACAACAAAGGACACGAAAAAUAUGGCUGUGAGUGAUCGAAAUACUUCAUACGGAGUAGAACACGAGUACCGGAUAGCUUUGAUAGGACGAACAGGGAAUGGUAAAAGUGCAACCGCAAACAGCAUUCUUGGUAAGAAAGCCUUUAAGUCUAAACUGUCCGGGUCGUCAGUGACAAAGAGAUGUGAAUUCCAUACAGCAGAGCGCUUUGGCAAGACGUUGGUAGUAGUGGACACUCCGGGACUGUUUGACACGUCAUUAUCCAACGACGUUGUCGCAAAAGAAAUCAUUAAAUGCAUAGCAAUUCUCACUCCCGGACCACACGCCUUUAUUCUUGUUGUACAAGUUGGGCGCAUCACACCAGAAGAGCAGGACACAAUCACCCACUUCAGCCAAAUCUUUGGUGAAGAAUUCUUCAGGUACCUGAUUGUACUAUUUACACGAAGAGAUGAUUUAGAAAACGACGGUGUGACUAUUCAAGAGUAUGUCAACGAGGUUCCAGAGGAACUGAAAAUUAUUCUACGGAGAUGUGGUCACAAAUAUUUAGCGUUUGAUAACUCUCCUAGAGGUAAGAAAACUGACUUUGACGUACGCGAACUGAUGAGUAUGGUACAAACUAUCAUUAAUGAAACAGGAAAAUCUUACUUCUCGAAUGAUGUUUUUGAGAGAUCAGAACUAGAAUUUCAGCGAAGAGCAAAGGAGAUCAAACUUCAGGGAGAAGAGAAGAUAGCGCUGCAACAGAAGAAGAUAGAGAAAGAAAUGGAAGCCCAAAAAAAAACAAUUGAAGCACAGAAAAGAGAAAUAGAAGCCACAAGACUGGAAAUUCAUACACAGGAUCUGAAAAAUCUAACGGUGGAAACAAACAAUUAUGAAACAUCCAUGGAACUUGAAGAAACCCUUCGAAAAAAAGAGAUUAUGGAAAAGGAAAUGGAAGCAAAAAGAAAAGAAAUAGAAGAAAGGGAAAUUGAAAUUGCCAAAUUCGAACGUAAGAAAAAACUCGAAUUAGAGGAAAUGGAACGAAAACACCGAGAGGACACUGAAAACAUGCGUAACAACGUCCGAAAAGAAUACGAACGUGAAGAUAAGAAUGUCUUCGGCAAAUUAUUAGAUGUUGCAGGGUCAGCGGUGUUAUCUGUUGGAAAGUCAGUAGUUGGAUGGUUUUCCAGUUUGUUUUAAAUUUACCAUGCUUUCAUUGGACCUUUUGUGAAUGCUAAAUGUUAAAAACACAACAUUAAAAUGACGCUCUGUUGCAGCGACAAACCAGAAUUUCUUCGCUUUUUCGCGAUCCAAAUGGGAAAAACAUAUAUUUUACAUACGGUGUUUUAUCGCAGAGACGAAGCGGAGAGCACAGUGUUAUUUUCCAAAAAGAUAAUAUAAAACAGCGCUGUUUCGUUGACGUAUAUUAGUGACAAAUGUUAAAGUGCAAAAAGUCAUCGAAAUUGCAUUAAUCAACAUGAUUGCAUACCUUCAACAUGCAAACAAAAUUUUGAGACGUGUGAAGUGGAAUCUGCUUUGGAUAAAUGCAAUUAAUCCAAGACUAACAAAUUAACAAAAAUUAAGUUUCCUGGACUACUGGUUAUUUUUCGACAGUUUGUGAUAAUUUGGAAUAUAAUAGAUGCAGUAUUAUAAAACCGCUGAACCCCAAAUUACACUAAGGAUAUACGAAGUAUGUAGCUUUAGCUGACCGUUUGUGGAGCAGCAGUAUAAGUAGGAUCUAAAACCUUUUCUCAAGCUUGUCUUCUUUGACAAUGACGAUUGUAUUGCAUAUACGCUGGUUUUUUAAACCCCACAUAUUUGAGGGUGCUUCAUUUGGAUUUUUUUAAUUUUCUCCCAGAAAAGGGGAGAUCGUGUGAGCGAUACUCCGAACAAUAGACUCGACGUUUGGACCUAUUCUAAAUUCGGAUAGAGUAUUACGUACUCAUUUUAUUUCUUUUGUACUAAUUUCAAGUUUGCUUAAGUGCUUACCAUGCUUAUUAAAAUGGGUUAUAUACAG